AUGGGCGGCGGGAUGACCGAAGGGAUGACAUUGACUCCUACGUACCAACCACGAGUGCAAGGACCGCAAGACCACGCAGCCGAUCCCCGGCCUUUCGUCGACGCUCACGAACCCCGCCGAGCAGAAGAGAAGAUUUAUUUGCCAACAGACGUUCACCCCCUCGCCGCUACUCUCCACGAAGAUCACCACCAAGGAGAAGAUCUAGAUCCCCGCCUGGUGCGAGGACACGAAGUCCACCGGACGCAAAGAGGUAUAGAGAGUUUUCUCCUGACCCUGGGCGACGCUCACCAAAACGCGAACGACGAUUUUCCCCCGACCGAAGCCGAUUCGACCGCGACCGGUCACCAGUCAAGAAUUCACCAAGAGGAGGUGAGAGUUAUAGACCGAGGUCAAGAACGCCGCCGCGCCGAAGGCAGCACGAUAAUUGGGUCGUCUCCUCCUAUUCAUCCAGAUCGUGCGAGCUUGACAGGCUCUCAACCGAGAUCACCCGCACAUCCCAUUCGAGAUCAAUACGACAAUGCCGACUCCGCAAGCUUUCGAGGCAGAUCCCCUGCUGCACCCUCAGCUGCAGAUGGAGAUCAACGUUCUCGAGAGCCUGAUGUGAGCACACCGCGGGAGGAGGUACAAGUGAACGGCGAAACCCGACAACCGCCCUCUGGUCCUAGCAGUUAUCGAAACGGCACCUACGAAAGACCACCUCCCACGGGUCCAUCACGCAGUUUCAGUCAGCCGAUCCAGUCCCCACCUACCGGCCCUGCAGCAUCGAUGUCCAUGUCCGCUCACAAUCGUGGCGGAGGCGCCUCCACACUUAACGCCCCUACCAGACCUCGCGGUUCUGUCGGCAGAUUUGACGGCCCACCUUCUCGAGAUUUCUCCGGCCCUCCAGUACGUGGUCGAGGCGGCUUACCAUUCAGAGGCCCGGCGCCCUACGGACCGAGAGGAGGCUCUUACGGACGCGGUGGCGACUUUGGCUCAAGCAACCGAGCUGAUUAUGGUGGAGGGUCCAGUUACCGUGGCGGGUUUGGACGAGGCAGCGGUGCUGGAAGCGAGCCCACAUUCCCGUUCCGAGCCAACAACAGUUCCAGUACGACGUACCCUCGUACACAACGCUUCAACACCCUCCAACAACAUCUUGCCACCAGCGAGAAGAUCGUCCCUGGGGGUAAACUGCUUCCCUCCGGGCUUCCCCCCGACCAGGAGAAGCGGAUCAAGUCGCUCGAGGCAGAAGCCGAACGAAUGCGGACCGAGAUUGCAGAGAAGCAGAAGCUCAAGCGCGAAGUGUUGAACGAAUGGGAUGUAAGGGAAAGAGAGAGCGAGAGGGAGGCACUGCGUAGUGACCUCGCAGAACAGCACUUGCAGCAAUUGAUGGAAGGGGAUGAUGGGAUUGGAAGAGCGGCAUUCUAG